AUGGGCUUUUUAUACUCUCAACUAUUCAUCAAACCAGCUUACCCGAAGAGGUCUUUUGCCGGAGAGACUGUCAUUGUGACUGGAAGCAACACUGGCUUGGGAAAGGAAGCUGCCCGGCAUUUUGCUCGUCUGGGCGCCUCGAAACUAAUCCUCGCGGUGCGGAACACCAAGGCCGGCGAAGACGCAAAGAAGGACAUCGAAAAGACCACGAACUGCCACCGCGGCGUGAUUGAGGUCUGGGAACUCGAUCUCGCUUCGUACGACUCCGUCAGAGCGUUUGCCAACCGCGCAUCCAAGCUCCCCCGUAUCGACGUCCUGCUCGAGAACGCAGGAAUCGCAGUCCAAAAGUAUAGCCAGGCCGAAGGACACGAGCGCACCAUCACAGUUAAUGUCAUCAGCACCUUCCUCCUCGCCCUGUUGUUGCUGCCGAAACUGAAGUCGACGGCCAAGGAAUUCAAGACCAAUCCGCGCCUCACCAUCGUAUCCAGCGAAGUGCACGGCUGGACCAAGUUUGCGGAAUGGAAAGAGCCUCGGAUUUUUGAGACCCUAGAUGGCGAGAAAACAGCCAAGAUGAAUGAGCGGUACCAGACAAGCAAACUGCUAGAAGUUCUCGUCGUUCGCCAGAUCGCGCCCCAGCUCACCGGAUCAGGUGUCAUCUUGAACUAUCUUAACCCUGGCCUAUGCCAUUCGGAGCUCUCGCGCGAUGGCUCCUGGGUGUUGGAGGUGCUGAAGUUCUUCCUUGCCCGCUCGACUGAGGUGGGUAGUCGAACCCUGGUGGCUGCUGCUGAGGCAGGGAUGGAGUCGCACGGCAAGUACAUGUCGGAUGGAAAGGUCAACGAAAGCGAGCUCUCACCCUUCGUGAGAAGCAAGGAUAGUGAGGUUGCUGGCGAGAAGGUGUGGAAGGAACUAAGCGAUAUCCUGGAGAAGAUUCAGCCUGGGGUUACGAAAAAUAUCUGA